AACUCUCUCCCCGAACAAGAGCAAACUCUAUCAAAGCAAGAGCUGAAGCAUUCCCAAUUCUCCUUUCAAUCAAAUCGUUACUUUAGGAAUGGGCAAGAGAUUAGAAGAAGCACAGGUACUGGAAUUUGAAGAAGUUCAAACUCUCCCAAAAUCUGUGAAUAAGAAGAAGAAAAAGGCAGAUAAUGGAGGGGAAGAGUUAACCACUGGGUCCGAAGAGAUUACUAAGGUGAGUAAAAAGAAGAACAAGCACAAAAGAGACAGAGAAUCCGAGUCUAUAACUGAAGAAUUGGAAACUGGAAAUCUUAAUGCUUCAGUUGAGGUUGGGAAGAAAAAGAAAAAUAAGAAAAGUUCCGAGGAGAAGAGUGAAGGCACGAGCUUAAGUGGGGAGCUCGUUGCUCCUAAGAUCAAAGAGAUAACUGGGGAAGAGGAGAGACGCAGUGAUGGUAAUAUAGUUGUAUCCGGCAAGAGUAUAUCAGAUACGAAGUAUACUGCGUUGAAAUCUUUUGCAGAAUCUGGACUUCCAAAGGAUGUGCUUGAAUGCUGCAAGACUUUUGAUAGACCCUCACCAAUUCAAUCCCAGGCUUGGCCUUUCUUAUUGAAUGGCCGAGAUUUUAUUGGUAUUGCUAAAACAGGAUCAGGUAAGACUUUGGCAUUUGGAGUGCCGGCUAUUAUUCAUAUUCUUCACAAGAGGAAGAAUCAAACAUCUAAAAAGAUUAAUCCUCUUUGUCUUGUAUUAUCACCAACGAGGGAGCUGGCUCAACAGAUCUCAGAUGUCCUGUCUGAUGCUGGACGGCAUUGUGGUGUUAAAUCAGUUUGUAUUUAUGGAGGAACUUCCAAGGGACCCCAGAUAUCUUCUCUGAAGUCUGGUGUUGAUAUUGUUAUUGGAACUCCUGGACGCCUGAGGGACUUGAUUGAGAUGGGAGUGUGCUGCCUAAACGAAGUCAAUUUUGUUGUUCUAGAUGAAGCUGAUCGCAUGCUUGACAUGGGAUUUGAGCCAGAGGUGCGUUCAAUCUUGAGCCAGACCUGCACUGCGCGCCAGGUAGUUAUGUUUAGUGCUACAUGGCCUCAAAUAGUCCAUCAAUUAGCUCAAGAAUUUAUGGAUGCUAAUCCGGUUAAGGUGGUGGUUGGUUCAGAAGAUUUGGCUGCCAAUCAUGAUGUCAUGCAGAUUGUUGAGGUUUUGGAAGAUAGAGCUCGUGAUGAGCGUCUCCUCAGUUUACUUGAAAAGUACCACAAGUCCCAAAGAAACCGAGUUCUGGUUUUUGUCUUGUACAAGAAGGAAGCUUCACGAGUGGAAAAUAUGCUUCAGAGAAGGGGAUGGAAAUCAGUUUCAAUACAUGGUGACAAAGCCCAACAUGCUCGCACUGAAGCGCUACAUUUAUUCAAAGAAGCAACCUGUCCUUUGUUGAUAGCAACAGAUGUGGCAGCUCGAGGAUUAGACAUUCCAGAUGUUGAAGUUGUAAUAAAUUAUAGUUUCCCCUUAACAACUGAGGAUUAUGUGCAUAGAAUUGGAAGGACAGGACGUGCUGGUAAGAAGGGUGUGGCCCACACAUUUUUUAUGAAGGAAAACAAGGCUUUGGCUGGCGAAUUAGUAAAUAUUCUCAGGGAGGCUAGCCAAGUAGUGCCAGAUGCUCUUCUAAAUUUUGGUACUCAUGUCAAGAAGAAGGAAUCAAAACUCUAUGGAGCGCAUUUUAAAGAGAUUGGCCCAAAUGCUCCGAAAGCUACAAAAAUAACAUUUGGCGACUCCGAUGAUGAAUAAUGAUGAGCUAAACUCUUUAGUCAGAAUUUUGAUGAACACCAUAUAGAUUUAUAUUAUUUAUUAGUUUAAUGUAUUGGAUUUCUUUUCAUAAUCUAUCUCAUUGUGUAAUAUACUGUGGCUUAACUUUGCUGCAAACUUUUUCAGAGUUGCAAAAAAUAUCUCCAAUUUUUGUGGUUUAGUUCACUGUCACCACUUUAGUUAAUUUAUUGGUUUAAUUAGUUUUUUUUCCACAUAUUA